CCACUUCCAACAAGAAGCAUAUAUCUACUUUAUAUAGAGCUAGCACUAGCACAUUAUAUUCUUUGUUAUAUCUUUAUAAAUUGGUCCUUCUUUUCUGUCUUAAUUUCUCAUCCACGCCAUUUCCUUUCUUACCUAAUUUGUUUCUUCUUGCACACAAAAACAUGUCUACCUAUGAUAACAUUUCAUUAGUCUCCGGCACCGACCAAACCGUGUGUGUCACCGGUGCCGGCGGGUUUAUAGCUUCCUGGCUUGUUAAACUUCUCUUGGAGAAAGGCUACACGGUUAAAGGAACCGUUCGAAACCCGGAGGAUCCAAAGAAUAGUCACUUGAAAGAGUUGGAAGGAGCAAGAGAGAGACUAACUUUGCAUAAGGUUGAUCUUCUUGAUCUUAAAUCUAUCCAAUCUGUUAUUCAUGGCUGCCAUGGUGUGUUCCACACAGCUUCCCCUGUCACUGACAAUCCUGAGGAGAUGUUGGAGCCAGCAGUGUAUGGAACCAAGAACGUGAUUAUUUCGGCUGCAGAAGCGAAAGUGAGACGCAUUGUGUUCACUUCAUCGAUUGGAACGGUUUAUAUGAACCCAAAUACGAGUAGAGAUGUUGUGGUUGAUGAGUCGUAUUGGAGUGAUUUAGAAUAUUGCAAGAACACCAAGAAUUGGUAUUGCUAUGGUAAGACGGUGGCUGAACAAUCAGCAUGGGAUAUAGCAAAAGAAAAUCAAGUGGAUUUGGUUGUAGUAAAUCCAGUUUUGGUUCUUGGACCAUUGCUACAAUCAACAGUUAAUGCUAGUACAAUGCACAUUCUUAAGUAUCUUAAUGGCUCAGCCAAGACUUAUGUGAAUGCAACACAAUCUUAUGUUAGUGUUAAGGAUGUUGUAUUAGCACAUGUUCUUGUUUAUGAGACUAAUUCUGCUUCUGGUAGAUACAUAUGUUCUGAUGCUUCCUUACAUCGUGGUGAAGUUGUUGAAAUUUUGGCAAAGUAUUUUCCUGAGUACCCACUUCCUACCAAAUGCUCAGAUGAAAAGAAUCCAAGAGUAAAACCAUAUAUAUUUUCAAAUCAAAAGCUGAAAGACUUGGGACUGAAAUUCAGCCCUGUGAAGCAAUGUCUAUAUGAAACAGUUAAGAGUCUACAAGAGAAAGGACAUCUUCCUAUUCCUCCAAUGCAAGAACACUCUGUUUAAUUAGUUAAACAAAAUGCAAUAUUGAAAGGAGUAAUUUAGUAAAAAUAAUAAAUUUCAUAAUAUAUGUGAAACACGAUAGUUUUGCUUAUAAAUAAGGGCAAAAUCAGUAUACAUUAGCAAUAUGUUGUAUUGUUUUAAAAUCGGACCAGUCAUCAAACUCAUAAGAGUACUGAAUCACUGUUUCAUUGGUCGAACUACUGGAUUACUGGUCGAACUGCAUGAAAGAAUAAAAUUAAAUCGGAUGAUUCGAAUAAACCAAAUUAUUCAAUCUGUAAUAUUAUAAGUCAAAAUAUGAAUCGAAGUGUUUUGUAGUUUUAUAUUUCUUUAUUUAAUCGAAGUGGUGUGUUUUAGCAUUUUCACAUUCAUAUAUAGUUUUUUUUUUUUUAAAAAAACGGCAAAUAUAUUACUCCCUCCUUCCUGAA